AUGGGACAUCGCCUUAUCCUGUCAUCAUCAACCAUCCUUGUUACCCUCCUCAUUCUCUCUCCUCCCACGGCCACCGCGGCCUCUCCCGUCCUAGACACGGACGGGAACCCCCUCGAAGCAGGCUCACAAUACUACGUCCUAACUUCAGGCAGGGGAGCAGCAGGCCGCGGUGGCUUAACAGCUGAACCCGAUCUUUACGAUGGCAUUUGCCCUUGGUACGUAGGGCAGUAUUUUAGCUGGACUAAACAAGGUAGCCCCGUAAGUUUCCAUCCUGCAGACCCAUCACAAACGCAGCUAACUCUUGGCGAAGACGUCAACAUUGCCUUCGGACCAAGCUACGUCUGCAGAAACCAAGGGGUGUGGCAGCUAGAAACCAAUGGUAAAAGGAGUGAAAACUGUCAGCAGUUCGACGCUACGCUACCCGGGCCGCCGGGUAGAGACUGGUCAUGGUUAAAAUUGGUGCCCAUUGAUGAUCCUCUUCCCUUCUUUGGGUUUGUGUUCAAGAAGUUUACUAGUACUAGUACUAGUACUACUAUUUUGAACCCCAAGUUUACUACUAGUAGUAUCUAG